AUGGCAUAUCCAGAAAUGUUCGAAGGUAUUGGUGUAACUAACCCAGAAGAUUGGAAACAUCCAAAAAGGGUUACUUACGAACCAAAAAAAUUUGAUGAUCAGGAUGUUGAUGUUAAGAUUGAAGCAUGUGGUGUCUGUGGUUCUGAUAUUCAUUGUGCCGCUUCUCAUUGGGGUCCAGUAGUUAAGAACCAAGUUGUUGGUCAUGAAAUUGUUGGUCGUGUUGUUAAAGUUGGUCCAAAAUGUACCACUGGUAUCAAAAUUGGUGAUCGUGUAGGUGUAGGUGCCCAAGUUGCCUCUUGUUUGGAUUGUUCUCGUUGUCAAAAUGAUAAUGAACCUUAUUGUCCUAGAGUUGUUACCACUUAUGGUCAAGCUUAUCCAGAUGGUUAUGUUUCUCAAGGUGGUUAUGCCUCUCACGUCAGAGUCCAUGAGCAUUUCGCUAUCCCUGUUCCGGAAGAAUUGCCAUUGCAUCUAGCUGCUCCAUUAUUAUGUGGUGGUAUCACUGUUUACUCUCCAUUGUUGAGAGGUGGAUGUGGCCCAGGUAAAAAAGUCGGUAUUGUUGGUAUUGGUGGUAUUGGUCAUAUGGGUAUUCUAUUUGCUAAAGCUAUGGGUGCUGAAGUCUACGCAUUCUCUCGUUCCCAUUCUAAAGAAAAGGAUGCGAAGGAAUUAGGUGCUGAUCACUACAUUGCCACUUUGGAGGAUAAAGACUGGACUGAAAAGUAUUUUGAUACUUUAGAUUUGAUUGUUGUCUGUGCUUCCUCCUUGACUGAUGUUAAUUUUGAUGAAUUGAUCAAAGUCAUGAAGGUUAACACUAAAAUUUUGUCAAUUUCUGUUCCAUCCAUCGAUGAAACUCUAACCUUGAAGCCGUUCGGUUUAUUGGGUGUCACCAUUGGUAACAGUGCCUUGGGUUCAAGAAAAGAAAUUGAACAGUUACUAAAAUUGGUUGUUGACAAAGAUAUUAAAAUUUGGGUAGAACAAUUACAAGUUGGUGAAGCUGGUGUAGCUGAAGCCUUCGAAAGAAUGGAUAAGGGUCAAGUUAGAUAUAGAUUUACUUUGAUGGGUUUCGACAAAGAAUUUGGUAACUAA